GUGCUAGUACAACCUGUCUUCCCAGCCUCCAUCCCCACCCCCCUUUUCAAUGAAAUGAUGGAACUGUACAAAAUUGCCGCAAAUCGUCUUAGAGCAGCUUGGAGACAAAGUUGCGCUGUGGUUCAUCACACUUAAGUCAAAGAUAAUUGUAUCUAACAUUUGUGUAAAACAGACCCUGAAGAUCAUGUGAUAAGAGGCAGUUCAAGGCUGAAUCGAACAAUCUCCAUAAAGAGCUAUUGUUGCUUUUCAUUUAUAAUUGCUCAUAAUCUAUCAUUGUUGUUCUGGUUUUGCUUUCAACAUUCCAAUGCUUUUAUAAAAGCUCUACUUACGUGGGAACUUACGACCUGCAUUUUAUUCUGCUUUAUUUGCCUAUUUAAAUGUUCCUAUAUCCCCCCACUUAUAUCCUUUUUGGAUUUCAGUGUGAUGCAUAAUGAUAAUAGUAAAAAACCCUACUGAAAGUGAAUACCAAACAAAGACUAAGAUCCGCAAUAAUAAACUUCCAAUAUAUUCAACAUGCCCAGGGCAAAGAUGCUGUGGCUUCAAAGUUGGACCUUGCAUCUCACAAAUUAUUCAAAACCACUUCAAAGGAUGUUGUGUGAAGCCGGUGUUAAACUACCAGUGUUAACGUUGUUCACCAAGCAUCCCUGUCCUUUAUGCGAAGAAGCCAAAAUGAUGCUUGAACCAUAUAAACACAAGUUUACUUUGGAGGAAAUAGAUAUAACUCUACCUAAUCAUUCAGUCUGGCUUGAAAAAUACAAGUAUGAAAUACCUGUCUUUCAUCUGAAUGGGAAAUUCUUAAUGAAGCAUCGGGUAGAUACACAAAAACUAGAAAAUCAUCUUUUGAAUUUAGAAUUACAAGAUGAAAGAAACAAAUGAAGAAAAAUGAAGAUAUUCAACUGCAAGCUAUAAGGAUGGUAUUGAUCAUUUUUGUAUUGCCUUUGUACAAAUAAAAACAUACCCUGAAAAUUUUAUAAUCAACUAUCAGAGUUGUGUUUGAUGACAUAUUUAUUUCACAUUGACCAUGUUCUUCACUGACAGUAAACACAACACACAUUUUAGAGGUUUUUUUCAAUUGUCACACAUCUCACAUACGCUUUAGUCUUUAUGCUACUACUAUACAGUGGGAUAUAAUUGUAUUAAUAAAAGUGAAGCAGCAUAAAAUGUGGUCCUAAAAUACUAAUUGAAACAAACUGAAACCAAGUAAGCUUAUUGUCAAUUUUGCCUUCAUUCUUAUAUUUGUUGUUAAACAUUAUAUAACUUUCCUUGGAUAGCAGUUUACAUAGCUAACAAUAGAUUUAAACCUUAGGCUAAAGUUAUAUAGCAGCCUAUAAAUAUGUUGGACUUCAAAACUUCCAUUCUUCUGUUGGCUUGGAAUUCAAUGCAUCCAAAAGGUUUUAACUUGAGUGAACUUGCCUAGAUCUUAAGGACAGCCCAGGUGGUCCUCAACUUACAACCAUUUGUUUAGUGACUAUUCAAAGUUACAACAGCACUGAAAAAACUGACUUACGACUGUUUUUCAAACUUGCUAAUGUUGCAGCAUCUUUAUGGACAAAAGAUCAAAAUUCGGAAAGUUGGCAACUGGCUAAUAUUUAUGACAGUUGCAAUGUCCUGGGAUCAUGUGAUCCCAUUUGCAAUCUUCUAACAAGCAAUCCAGGGCAAAUCCAGAUUCACUUAACCACUAUGUUACUAACUUAACAACAGCAGGGAUUCAUUUAACAGUUGUCACAACAGAAAGGUCAUAAAAUGGAGCAAAGCUCACUUAACAAAUGUGUCACUUAGCAACAGAAUUUUGGGCUCAAUUGUGAUCAUAAGUCCAUGAAAACUGGCCACUCUUUGUGAGAAUUGCUUGCAUUUUCUUCUGAUAGCUCCUGGAAGCCAAUCAAAAAUUUCAAAUGCUGUACUAGUAGUAACAGCAUUUGGACCAAAGUCCUUUUGGCGAUAUUGGAAAAAAGACAACUAGGCGGAUCGUUGAAAUAGAUUAUCUUCAGAGCCUUUUCCAGUUCUGUGAUCUCUGUUUCCUCAUAAUUGGUCUUUCAUUAGAGGCUUAUUAGUUAAUGAUGCCUCAUUAAAUAUACAUAGAAGUGGAUCCAAGAGGUAAAAGCCUACAGCAGUGUGUGAUAGCCUCUGAUGUGAUUUGCUUUUACUCCCAUGGAAAUUUAAUAGACACAACAAGCGAAGAGGUUAUCAUAAUCAGUAUAAGUGCACUUUAUAUAAAGCCUUGAUGCUGUACACAGCAGUACUCAAACUGAGUCUCUGGCUAGCUUAAACUGAUUGAAGGCUUUUUCUAAUUUGCGUUCCAAAAGAACUACUCAAAGAAUCCUUGUUUUCCCAACAGGCUUGAGUAUCUUUAAAAGGAUAUUAACACUAAAAAUUACAUAUUUCGGUAGGAAAUUUAAUCAUUAGCUUUUGGUAAAGAUCUUUGGCAAUGAUAAAAUGUUGGUAAAUGGAAAUUAAUAUAACCCUUUUGUAUUUUCCCUUCUGUGCUCUUUAAAUCUUUUCUUCCCCUUAUUCAUCCCAAUGCU